ACGCCGUUAUAAUGUAACGACACAUGCCGUCUCUUCGUAACCCCCCACCCCUAACGUAAAUCUAUGAAAUCACUGCUUUCUUAUUAUCUCAUCAGCAAUCUACUCCUGUCAGCAGUCUUUCAAAAUACGUUUUUUUUUUGUCCCUCACAAUCUCGGCAACCAACAGUUGAUCAGACUCCGUCGUUGUUUAUUCGGUUAUCACUCAUUAUUGUUCCUGUUUCCGUCCGCGGUUUAACUCCGCAUACAGAAAAUGGAAACGCCGGAACGACGGCAGAAAAUGGACGAGUCCAACAACAACGGAAACGCCGACGCUAUCGCCACAGCUAGCACGUCGUCUAAUGGUAUGGAUAGUCCAAAAACACCUACACAAGCAACAUUUGAUGACAGCUUUGAUGAUUAUGAUUCAGAUGAAAUGGAAAGUCCAAAAUUUCCACAUCUUAUACCCAUAUACAAUAGAAGGGAUGCUGAUUAUGAUUUGAAAGAUGUACGAAUUGGUUGGGACGAUGGAUGUGGCUGUGUAUUUUAUGAAGAUGAUGAUUAUGAUACUUAUAGAAAUGGUAAGAGACUGAAAAGGAGUAAAAGAGGAAGAUUAUUUACAGAUCAUCGCCACCGCUCUUUGUAUGGUCGAAAUAAAAUUUCUAAUAAUUCUCCUUCUCCUGUUAACAACUCAACUGCAAAUAAUGCUGCUAUUCAAGCAGAGUUGAAUGAUUAUCUUGGAUGUAUAUUAAAUUGUCUCAGUGCCAAAAAAAGAAAUCGACAGUUAUUAAAAGCAAAAAAUGAAGCUAAUUCCUCUGCAAAUAGUUCAAUAGAAAAUAAUAAUGUUAAAAGUUUAUUGGAUGAUUCUGCUGAUGAUGAAUUGAUGUUGUUGUGCACACAAGAUGUAGAAAGAACAAUUGCUAAUGAUUCUACAAAUUGUGAAAAUGUAAUAAAAUCAGGUCUCUCAAUUGUAGGCAUUAGUCCACUAAAAGAUACCAACGAUAAUACAAAUAAUAAUGUAUAUCACCAUGUUUCCAAAAAAUUUAAACCUAUUUAUAAUGAACAUUUUGAUGGUAAAAAAAAUGAAAAUAUACAAUCGCAGUGUCAUAAAAUUACAUCAAAUAUGGACAAAAAUGUACAAAAUAACAAUGCUAAAAAUGAUAACAAAGAUGAUUUAAUAUCAUUGUUCAGCGACUCGUUAACUAAUGAUGACGACUUGUUUUCAUCUAUUGAUUUAUCAGAAAUUGAGCAACAAAUAUCAUCUGAUAAUAAAACAAUUUUGGCAUCAACCACACAGAAAUGUAUUAAACAGCCUAACAUCCAUAUUAGGAAGCAGAAUGAAAAUAAACAAGCUUGUACAUCUACCAUCACCAGUAACUCUAGUUCAGUACUUUGGCGUAGAUCUACUUCAUCAUCAUCUAUUGUAAAUGCACAGUCACAAAAUAAAAUAUGUGAUGUUCCUGAAACACAAAUUAAUCCUAGUGGUUCUACUAAAACUACAGUAACAAGAUAUUGUACACCUGCAGAAAUUGAAGAAAAACGAAAUCGUGCUCGUCGUACACUUUUGCUUAAAUUUAAAUCAAAAAAUAAGACUAUAUCCUAAUGUUUAUUGGUAUUCAAAAUUUGCUUCAAAUUGGUUAUUUAUCUAUUUUAAAGUUAAUACAUUAAUUAAACAAAUAUUA